AUGAAAGAAUGCCCCAUAAACUCCAUACGGGCCGAUGUAUUUAUCACAAACGCAUGCGCAAUUAUAAAAGGUGAACAAUCAGAUGGUGCAAAAUUUGAUGUCAGAGUUGAAAAUAACACAGGCAAGCCAUUGUUAAAAAUAUUAAUAAGGAUCGGAUGGGUGGUUUCAAAAAGUUUCACCACUCAAUCCACCCACCUCCACCAAAACAUCCUCAACAUCGUUCUCGCCAAACCAUAUGAUAUUUCAAAUGCCACCCAUCACCUUUCAAAACGAAGUUCAUCCUGUGGCAAAGUUUCCAAGAAGAAUAAUGAUAUCACCUUAUAUGGUGUGGAACCGCAACAAUUCAAGCAAAUUCAAAAGAGGAAAAUGUUUUACAAAGUGAAUUAA